AAGGAACUCGAAACGGUGAAAAAAUUAUCGGCUUCGCACCGGCGGUGUUGUCAGUCGUCAUGAACAACCAGCUGGAUCUCCCAACAAGGCAGGCUGCAGCUGUUUACCUGAAGAACCUCGUAGUUGCUCAUUGGGCCGAUCCCCCGGAACCCGUAACGCCGGGGGCCGCUCUCGAAUUCAGCAUACAUGAGCAAGACCGCUCGAUGCUCAGAGAUUCGCUCGUGGAUGCCGUCGUCCAGAGCCCCCCUCUGAUCCGAUCUCAGAUGGCGGUCUGUGUUAUCAUCGUAAUCAAACGAGACUUCCCAGGACGGUGGGUGGGUAUCGUCGACAAGGUCGCCCUCUACCUUCAGACGCCAAACAACAAUGAUUCCUGGCUCGGAGCUCUUUUAGCCUUGUACCAAUUAGUCAAAAAUUACGAAUGUAGGACGGCAAAAGAAAGAGUUCCUCUGUUGGAGGCCAUGAAAUUGCUCCUGCCGAUCCUGCAGGAAGUCACUCUGAAGGUUCUUCCCGAAAGUGAAAAUGAAGCCGCUGUCCGCGUACAGAAGCAAAGUUUGAAGAUCUUCCACGCUCUCAUCCAAUAUAGUCUGCCACUAGAGUUGCUCAGUCAAGAUGUAUUCGGCCAAUGGAUGGAGAUCUGUCGUAUCGUAAUUCAGCGUCCGGUCCCCGCGUCGACUCUCGAGGUUUCCGGAGACGAACGACCCGAACUCAUAUACUGGAAGAUUAAGAAAUGGGCAUUACACAUAGUGACUCGCUGCUGCGAGCGGUACGGUUCCCCGUCCUCUGUCAGCAAGGAAUACAAACAAUUCGCCGACUAUUACGUCAAGACUUUCUCUCAGGGUGUUAUCGCCACACUUCUACAAUCCGUUUUCGAACCGUAUCGUCAAGGGCAAUACGUCUCAUACCGCGUGCUGCAGGAAGCUCUGUCUUAUCUCGUACAUUCUGUCGGGCAAGCGUACUGCUGGAAAUUCAUCAAAGUCCACAUCAACAUGAUCAUCCAGGAAAUAAUCUUCAAGAUCGUGUGCUUCAACGACGACGAUCAAGAACUGUGGACAAGCGAUCCCACCGAGUACAUUCGAAUAAAGUUCGACCUGUUCACUGAGUAUCGAUCACCGGUCACAGCCGCUCAGCACCUUCUCGACGUCGUGUGCAAGAAACGGAAAAACGUCCUGCAGAAAACCAUGGAGUGGGUGACUGGACUCAUCAAUUCGGGCACGCUCACACCUCAGCAACAGGACGGCGCAUUUAACAUGGUGGGCGCUGUGUCUUCGACGUUGUUGCGCAAGGCCCCCUACAAGACUCAUCUGGAGAACAUGCUCUGUUCGUACGUUUCACCGUUGUUCAGCAGUAAUCACGGCUAUCUACGGGCCAGGGGCUGUUGGCUGCUGCAACAGUUCAGUGAAGCGAAAUUCACGCGGCCCGAAAACCUUAUUGGAUGUGUUGAUCUCCUGAGAAACGCCAUCAUGAACCCUCGGGAGGAAGUGCCUGUCAAAGUUCAGGCAGCUGUAGCUCUUCAAGAUCUGAUGUCCGAUCAAGCGGAGAUCAAAGCCUAUCUGGAGCCUCAAAUCCGAGAGCUCACUCUUUGUCUCCUAGACCUCGUGCGGUCGACCGAGGUAGAUCAGCUUACGUCAUGCGUCCAGCGAAUCGUGUGCAGUUAUGCCGCCCAGUUACUCCCUGUCGCGGUGGACAUCAUGAAUCAUUUGGCGCAGAGUUUCUCGACGAUGCUCGCCGAGACCCAGAGAGACGGGGACAGGGAGUCGAGGGCCGUUUCUGCCAUGGGAAUCCUUGGGACCAUGGAAACCAUCCUGGCCGUCUGGGAAGACGAUAAAGAAGUCGUUGCGCGACUCGAACCCAUUGUUCUCAACAUAGUGUCCGUAAUCCUCCGUGAAGCUGUUAGCGAAUUCUACGAGGAAGCUUUUUCGUUGAUUUACUCUUUGUGCUGCGAACGCGUGUCUGAAAACAUGUGGCAGAUCUUCAGCAUAAUGUACGAGGCCUUCGAGAGGGAUGCCCACGAGUUCUUCAUCGACAUGAUGCCGGUUCUACACUCGCUCAUAACAGUCGACUCGGCGGCGUUCCUCAGCAACGACAACCAUGUCCGUGCCAUGUUCAACAUGUCGAAGUUUAUUCUGCAAAAUGACACCGAGGAAGAUAUUUUAUGCCACGCCGCUAAGCUUCUCGAGGUGAUGAUUCUUCAUUGCGGGAGCAAGAUCCAGAAUUACCUUCGGCCCAUCAUCGAGGUCUGUGUAGAGCGUCUGUGCAAGAAAAUCGUGUGGGUGGAGCUGCGGCAACUUCUGCUACAGGUCCUGAUAGCGGCUAUGUUUAUCAAUCGGCCCCUGCUUUUCUCGACGCUGAGUGAGCAUCGGACACCGCCGCUCAAAGAGACCAACAACCAAUCAGUUCCUUUCAUCGACUAUUUCAUCACACAAUGGAUCGAUGACGUCGAUUGUUUCCUCGGCGUGCACGAUCGAAAGUUGUGCGUUCUUGGUAUAUGCUGUCUGAUGGAUCCCGGCUGGUCCGACAAACCCGCUGCUCUGGAAAGAGUCCUUCCGAAAAUCAUGCCAUCAUUCCUCAUGCUAUUCGAGGGUUUGCGUCGCGCCUACACGUACAGGGCGUCGAUCGACGACGAGGACAGCGACGACGAGAACGAUGGUGGUGAUAGCGACAUAGAAGGAAGUGUUCUGAGUUCCGAUGAGGACGAAUUAGACGACGACGGUCAAAUCUACUUGGAUCAACUGCAAUCCAAAAUGAAUGCCGCUGGAUAUUGCACAACUCAAGUUGUCCAGGGGGCUGACGGCGCCACGAGCGAAGAUGAAGAUUCUGUGUCUCUCGACGGAAAAGAGGAGACCGGGCUGGAGUGUCAAUACACUACGCCGCUGGAUAUCGAAACUAGCGAGGGUUUCGUCGACGAGUACGCGGUCUUCAUCGGUCUGCUCGAUGCGCUGCAGUCCACCUCCGCGCCCAUCUACAACCAGAUGAUAAACUUGUUGUCAGAUAGGCAGAAGAAGCAGCUCAACGACAUCUUCGUCUAUAAUGGCCAACGGAAAGCCGCAGCGGAGUCAGCCAAGAUCAAUCAGCAAGGAGGUUACCAAUUCAACACGAAUCAAGUUCCACAGAGUUUCAACUUCGGGGCCCCGAAUGGCACGUUCGCGCCCCCUAAUCAUUAAUGACGAAGCAACGAUUCGAGCCGAAAAUUUUGUGAAUUUUUCAUUGGCACACAGUCCUUCCAUUCAUCGACGGAGCGAGCAGGCAGACCGAUGAUCGUGCUGUGGAAAUCGUGAUAGUCGCCGCCAGCCCGCUCCGAAACUGGAGCGACAUCUUUUUUUGUAAUGGAUGUACAUUAUGACGAAUCACACUAGAUGCGAACGACACGAUGAUGAGACGGACGAGACAACCGACUUGUUUUGUUUUGAAAGGUGGAAUAAAAUAUAU